AUGGCUCCUGCCGCAUCAAGUGCCUCGGCGCUCUCCAACGUCGCCGAGUCAAGCCUGUCUGCUGACUUACCACCCAUCUCGGCCCUGUUCUUAAUUGACUUUGACGUGAAAGCUGGAUAUACGAUAGCGUGGAAGAGGGCGGUCUCGGGACUUGAGCUUGAGGGAGUUGUCGAGUAUAAAAGUCUACCCUCUGGCCUCCACAGUGUCAAGGAUGAUUUGAUCUACUUUGUCCACGACGCGGGCCAUGCGGGCGUCAGCGCAUUUGUCAAUGUGCCUUGCGAGGAGGAAGAGGCCCGGAAUGCCCGCAUGCUUGCAGUUGGCGUCCUUGUUCCAUUGAGCUUUGGGCGACUUGGGAGAGCUUGGAGGCAUGCUGAUAUGCUGAAGGACAUGGCUGCCAAGCUGGCAGUUGAUCGAAACCGAACAGGCGUGCUUGAAGCGUACUGGGAGAAGUGUUCGCUCAACAAAGCGACCAGGACGCACCCUAUCGCCUCUGGGGCGGAUAACACGCCAAUCGCCUCACCUACGGUCGCCUUUCAUGAGCCCCUUUUGGCUCGGGGCAAAGGGCAUUCUCGGACCCGGUCGGCCUCUGACGGCGGUGUCGUUUUUCGCCCCGGCCAUACUCUUCCCAAUACCACCCUGCCCGCAGUUUAG